GCAAUGUGGAAAUGGGGAUGGAAGAAAAAAAGACAAUUGCAAAAAAAGGGGGUUGCCCUUUACAUAAAAAUUACGUUUUUAAAAUAAUGAAUGAAAAUAUAUAAUCGGAGGCUUACAUUGAAUCAUUACUGCUGCAGCUCACUUUGCCUGCUUCUCCUAAACUCAAGUCACUGUCCUAAUUGUGUGGAACUGGUUUUCAACAUCUUCUGCCUUGUUACCUCCCAGGACACCGCUUGGACCUUAUUGUAAAGACCUACAUUCUUUUUAUACGGACAGUAAAGGCAUCUAAUGCAUUUCCCUCCUGCAUAUUCAUACACUCUGUGUCUGGUGCACUUAAUUCAAUCAUCUUGCAAUGGCAGUGCAAGACCCUGGCAGGACAACGGGUUUUCCUUGCAAGCAAUGUGGCAUGGUAUGUCCCAAUAUGCCCAGUCUGCUCGAGCACAUGGAUUCUCACCAUCAACAAGAGGAAGAACGCAAAUUUAAAUGUGACGAAUGUGGACGUGGUUAUAGGCAUGCUGGUAGCCUAGCUAACCACAAAAAGACUCACGAAGUGGGUUCUUUUCAAUGUAACAUAUGUGGUAAAGAAAAUUCUAAUGCUUUGGCCCUGAAGAGUCAUCUCCGGAGCCACACUUCACAGAAAAAGUACUCCUGUGUAGAAUGUGGGAAAGCUUUUCGUCUGGCAACACAGCUUGCUACGCAUGAGAGGGUUCAUCUUGCCAGACGAGUAAAGGAGCAGUCGUAUAGAAAGGUAGACAUGGAAUAUCCCACACACGACAUUGAAAAUGAUCACCCACAUCAUCUCAGUGAGCAGUCGGCCAGUGUUGGGAUUUCCACAGAAAAUAGCCCAGUUGAGGAUAAGCCGGAGGUUUAUACUGCACAAUCUGAGACCUCUGAUGAUGCAGCGAAUCGACCUUUCAGAUGUGAUUUAUGUGACAAAUCAUAUAUACACCAUCGAAGCCUGACCAAUCACAAAAAGACUCACCAAGUGGGAAUGUUUGAAUGCACGGUGUGUUUCAAACUGUUCAAUAACAUGGCUGCCCUCUACAGCCACCAGAGAACUCACAAGGCAAGAAGCGGGAAUGACCUCAGUUCAAUGGGUGGGUCAUACACAGGCACACCGCUGGACCAGUUUUCACCUCAGAGCCAGGAUGCUCCAGUAAAUUUUUGCCAUUUGUGUCAGGUUCGAUUCCCCAAUGAUGAGGAGUUCCAGGAACACAUCCAAAUGCAUAACUCUUCAUCUCUGUCAUUUGGACUUCAAGAUACCUUGUCAGAGAACCACAAUAUAUCAUAUGACAACAGUAUUGCCUCACCUGAGUCAAAUUUUUAUGCAUCUCCUUUAAAUAAUGUUCCCUCAGUAUCAUCAAUAGAUACGUAUGGAGGCUUUGAUCAGCCGCAGGAGCAGAUUAGAAGUAACGGACAUGUGUACUCAGACUGCUCGAAUAAUGAAACACCAUCUUCCAAUAGUACUCAGGGAGAACCCCCAAUCAUGGACUCAAGCAUUCUCAAUCCUGCCCUGACACACACACAAAACAUUGACAAUGCAACUGAAAUGGAAGAGACUUCAACUGUAGAUUCUGAUGAGCGUCCCUUUAAGUGUCAGAUCUGUGGUAAAAGCUACCGGCACUCUGGGAGUCUCAUCAACCACAAGCGGUCCCACCAGGUGGGGAUUUACCAGUGUUCCAUCUGCAGAAAGAGUUAUCCUCACCUGGCUGCCCUCAAAAGUCAUCUUCGUCUCCACAAAGCUCAGACUUCAUCUUUUAGCCUCAUUGCCGAGGGAGACUGGCUCUCUUCAGAGCCCCUGACUCUGGAUAACCCACAGGUCUGCUUCUCCUCUCAAGACGAGGAGGAGGAUGGCGCUCACCCAGUGCUUGGUAUGGAUCAGGAGAACGGAGCUGACAGUAAUGGGGCUUUGUACCAUGAGCAAUUUAAUCAGGACUUUUCCCAGGAUAUGACUGUGCAUCUACCUCACAAUGAACACCUGAUGCAGAGGCACAUGUGUGCAGACUGCGGUGAGACAUUUGCAGAUAUUGCAGGGAUUAAGUCUCACAGUUGCCCACUACUACAGCAGCAACGUGACACUACUAGCAGUGACUAUGACAGUAAUGUAAAUUUCCAGGACAGUAAUGGUCACUCUGCCAUUGGAAAUACAGGGAGUAAUGUGGACUUCCAUGGUCUGAAUGGUAGCCACAACCAAAGUUACUUUGAACAGAAUUUCCAUGACAGUAUGGGCAGUGAUCAGCUGAAUGGUGGCGAGGAAGGCGAUGACGCUGAUGAGGAGGACGAUGAUGGGGAUCUUUAUCAGUGCUCUAUAUGUGGAAACAGCUACACCAGCAUGAGAGCCCUCAGGAGCCAUCUCCGAGGGCACACACAGUCCCAUGGUACUCCUGCAAGCUCAGGGCCUUCUUCCAUGUCCUCCCAUGAAGAAGUGAAAGAUGAUGAGCCUGGAGAGAUGAUGAUAUGUAGCACAUGUGGGGAAAGUUUUGCCAAUAAGCAGGACUUGAUAACUCACCAGCUUCUACACAACAGGGACCAGAUAGAUGAUGUUGAUCAUUUACAAAUGAACAACAGCGAUGUGUGUGGAGGCAAGGAGGAAGCACAUAGUAUUAUCUGUGGCAGCUGUGGCAUCUUCUGCACCAGCUACCAUCAUCUUGAGAACCACGGCUGCACAGCUGAUAGGAAAGAUGAGUCAACACAUGGUAAAGAGGAAAUGAAAGCAAAUGAUGUUGCCCAGAAUGAAGACACGAGCCACGUCAAAGAAGCUGUUGAUACUGAACAUCGUCAGUACAAGUGUGAUCAGUGUGGGCGGUCAUACAGACAUGCCGGCUCCCUCCUUAACCACAAAAAGUCCCACAAAACAGGUGUAUUCAGAUGCCUCGUCUGCCAGAAACGCUUCUACAACCUAUUGGCUCUUAAAAACCACCAGAGGUCCCACUUUGAUAUUAAGAGACAUACUUGCCAUGAGUGUGGGAAAGCCUUCAAAAUUCAGAAGCAGCUAUUGAAUCACUUGAGAAGGCACAAAGAGAACAAAGCCAAAAUCCAGGAACUCAACAACCAGAUCCAGGCCCUCAUGCAGAUGAAUGGGACCAGGUCAGAUGGAGGAAUGCAGUCCUUAACUUCAAAUGCCAAUCAGGCUUUAACUUCCUCUCGACGCUGCAGGCAACUGCCUGAAGUGAUGACAGGAAAAGCAAAGUCUGAGACUUCGGUCAAGUUGGAGGACACAGGUGACCGACGGCCUUUUGCCUGCGACCAGUGUGGUCGCACAUAUCGCCACGCAGGAAGUCUUGUCAACCACAAAAACUCACAUAAAACAGGUGAAUAUUACUGCUCGGUCUGUAACAACACGUAUUCCAAUCAGCUAGCAAUGAAGAACCACUUGCGCACCCAUUUUGCAUAUAAAAAGCACUCUUGCCAAAACUGUGGAAAAGGCUUCAGGGGGAAGAAGCAGCUAUUAGCCCAUGUUUGUGCAGACCUCAGAAAGGAUAGGGCCGGAGGCAGGAGGGGCCUAAAAUCUAGAACCUUUAAGUGUAAGGAAUGUAAGCGGGCCUUCCUCUCUGUCGACCAACUGACAGCCCACACCUGUGACGGACCUUCAGGCAGCCGAGAUGCACAAACAAAUACGUGUUCAAAUAAAGAGGAGCGGCCUUUCACGUGCAACAUAUGUAAUCGCAGCUACCGCCAUGCAGGCUCACUUCUGAACCAUAAAAACACCCACAAGACAGGACACUUCAGUUGCACCUUCUGCUCUAAGCCCUUCACCAACCCCAUGGCUUUACGCAAUCACACGCGCAUCCACACACAGAAAAAAAAGUAUGUGUGUCUCACGUGCGGGAAGGCCUUCCGCCUCGCCAGUAUUCUGCACAACCACCAGAGGGUCCACAACCGGGUGUCAGGUCAUUUCAGUUGUCCUUCUUGUGGAAAAAGCUUCCAGGGCAGGUCCGGCCUGAAGAGGCACCGCUGCCGCAGAGGUCAGGAGAACUCUGUGAGAGCUGGAGUCCAGCAGUCAGACAGGGGGGACAAGUGCUUCAUGUGUGACCUGUGUGGGCGCUCCUACCGCCAUGCUGGCUCUCUCCUCAACCAUAAAAAGACACACUCCGAAAACCUCCACCACUGUACCUUGUGUCUCCAGACAUUUCCUGAUCCUCUCACUCUACAGAUACACUCCCAGAUGAGGCGUCACUGCUGCCCCGAGUGCGGCAAGACCUUCUGUCUGGUCGCACACCUCCAAAGCCACAUGGAGGUGCACUCGAAGGAGCGGUCUGUGGUCUGCAGCAUCUGCCAGCAGAGCUUCUCCAGCGCAGCCAGCUACCAGCAGCAUCAGGACAUGCACCACAGGGCCCAGGACCUCUAUCAACAAGGCGCGAACGAACCUGUAGACAGCAACAUCUGCUGGGACUCAGGAAUAAAUCAGACCAUGGGGAUGGAAGAGAUGCACAAGCAGGUUCCACCACCUUUGUCCCAUGUUCCAGAGAGCAUCGCUAAUUCCCAGAGCAACGAUUCAGCUGGCACAGAAGAGAAGAGCCACGUCUGCGAACACUGUGGCCGCACUUACCGCCACGCCGGCUCUCUCCUCAACCACAAGAACAGCCACAAGACGGGCUCCUUCUUCUGCUCCAUCUGCCAGAAAGAGUUCACCAACCUGAUGGCUCUCAAGAACCACCGGCGCAUCCACACGGAGCCCAAGCGCUACCAGUGUGUGGAGUGUGGAAAAGCAUUCCGUGUGUCCACUCAGCUCAUAUGUCACCGACGAAUCCACACCAAAGAGAAGCCCUUCGCCUGCCUGCUGUGCGACAAGAGCUUUUCCAGCAAGUCCAACCUGCGGCACCAUCAGAAGAUGCACCAGAACACCCAGACCUAUGACUCCUCUUUUAGCAUUGAUGAUAACACGUUUAUGGACUUGGACAUGGGGUCUUUCCUUUGAACUAAGAUUCCAGUGAAGAAGCCAGGCGGUCCUCUUAUUUAUCUGUUAUUUAUCCUUCUAUCAAUAAUUGUAAAACAGUAUUUUUUUCAGAAAGUGUUCCUUGGUCCUGACAGACAUGCAUAUUUCAUUACGGACUUCCAAUCUUACCUCCACAGCAGAUAGUGACAUCACUGAAAGGUCUCCAGAGGGUCUAUCGGUCAGCUUUUAAUAAGGCCUGAAUGUUUUUCCAUGAAUACACAGGAUCCCAGAAUACAGGGCAGGUGACAGAAAUCUUAGUCGCCGCUCUCUCCUCAAUGACAAACCAAACAACCAAAGUGAACAGAAAAGAGCAGCCCAGGUCCAUGUAAGAACAUAAACACUGAUAACAUGUUUUUGUAUAACAGUACUGUUCUAACGGUGAUCUCUCCUCUCUUGCUAUGUAUAAUUGUGUUCAGUGCCUCUGUACGUUCCUUAGGAAACAAAAUAUACAAACUAUAUUUAUCUCUGAAUCCUUUUGUUAGCUUUGCCGUCAGUGUCGAAGGAGUGCUCACUUUCCUUUGGGAUUUCACAUAGGGCAAGCCUGUUAUUAAGUCAAAUACCUCUGGGUGUGUCCAAAGGUCAGUGGCAAAGUGAUUUACUGAAAUCAUAUUAUCAAGUAAAUAGUCGUACUGCUAAUAAUAUUCACGUCGAGUGACAUUGUAUGCUAAAAUGGAUGUAUUUAUUAAUUUAUUCCAGUUAUUUUAUCUGCAUAUUUUAUUAGAAAAACUUUUUAUGAAUGUUGUAAGCGAAAAAACUGUCUUCUAAAACUCAUGUAGCCUUUACGGAACUUCAUCAGUCGAGUUGUAUUUACUUCCUCAUUCUCAGUUACAACGGGCAGGAAAGAAUGAGCCAAGCAUUGUUGGCAUUAUUGGCAGCACUCAGGGUAAACCUUCAAAAGGAACGUACCUGACGUGUAAAACUUCGUAAAUAAUCAGUUUCUGAACUGAGCAUAGCAUUUAUAUUCUCACUUGUGCCAGUUCCACACUCUUAUAAUUUAACUCACGUAACGUCGUCACUCCCAACAGUUAGUGUCGGCUCCACAUGCAGUGCUUGCUGUUGAAUUAUGAUCCUUUGAGAAGCAUCAGUUAUGUUGAAGUGCCAGUGCCUAAAAUGUAAGUCAGCUGUAGCAGUUUAAUGUGAACAAACCUCCUCUCACUGUACUUGUUAUACUGUAAACCACCGUGUUGAUUUGUCUCCUGAAUUGUGAACCUCCUCAGCCACAAACCGUUCAGAGGUCUUAAAGCAGAGGAAAACAGAAGUGUUGCAGCAGUGAGGCGAAAGUGAUUCCUUUUUGUCUCGUGGCUUUUCUUCCCUCACACACGUUUAUAUGAGUCAAACAGGAUGAACAUGUAUUUUCAGACAAAUGUGUGGCCAAAAUGCCUCAUUUCUGCCAAGCACAAGUAUUACUACAAACAUACCAGAGCUUUAUGGAUUAACAAGGACGAACCAAAUUCACCUUCGCUGUUGGGUUCAUGAACCACUUAUGUUCUGUGAAAAAUGUGCAAUUAUCAGUUCAGUUCUCUGGGGUUUUGUCAUUUUUUUCUUUUCUUUUUUCUUUUUUGCCAAGUUGUCUAACGUGCCUGUUGUUCCUGAAGUGUUUUUUGUUUUUUUCCCACAGAUCUAGCAAAAGUGAACUCACAGCCUUUGUUUUUCUAACAAUCUAAAAUUUUCUUUAUGCCUUAUACAUUACAUUUCAUGUAUGAGUAUGUUUGGCACUGGUCAGAAGUAUGAAAUACCUCAUGGAAAGCCCUGCCUACCUGGCAACUACUACUUAACGCCUCAUGCAGCUUAAUUGUAGAGAAUACACUGUAAUCAUACAAAAACUCAGUUAUCAAUUGUAAGACAAAUAGAAUGGCUGAAGCAUCAGUUUUACGGUUUUACUUUGUAGUUUGCAGAUGCUGUUCUCGCCAUGGUCGUUUCUCUGCAGUUUGUUGUUUUCAGAGUUCUAUUUGCACAUUUGUAGAUGAGACACUUGUAGCCUAUGGAGGACAGAAAGUCUAUAAUAAUGCAGCCAGCCGGUUGUCGUUUUUUCAGAGUGUCGACGGGCAACAAGUCGGCUGUCAGAUAGUUCACCUCAGCUAGUUUGCGGGUCGUAAUAUUUAAGCAAUAUGCUGAAAGUAUUGUUUCAGUGCAUGAACCAUGAGUCCAUCUCAUUUCUGUUGUCUUACCAUUGUAUGGAGUACAGUGGCAUCACAUUCAGUAGACUGACACUAGCCUUGAGAGACCAUGACAACUUGCCAUUGCCGUUUUGUUAAAAUGUUUAAAAUCUUAUGUGUGUUAAUUGUAAUGAUUUAGAUGAUCAUAUGUAACAUAUUCCUGUAUGCCAUGGUAGCCUACAUGUUAAACAACAGGCGCACAUUUGAGUUCCAAACUGACUUCUUUUUUUAAAAAAAAUCUGAUCCCCUGUGGCGCUUGACACGUUCACUCCUCUGUCAUUGAUCACAAUCACAGCCUGGUAUGUGUGACGUGUUUUAAAUCUCAGAGCUCUCUCUGUAAAUAUUAGAACGGAAAUAUCGGUCGGAUGUGUGUACGCUCACGGCAAGACUUUCUUCAGCGGGAGAAAAGUGCUAGAUUAGCUAUUGUGUAAUAAAAAAAGGCAUAUACCACACAUUCUGAUUUAUUGGAUUUUCAGUGCUCAAAAAUGUCUGCUCACUGUUUAAUUCAUAUUUAUAUAACUAUUUUGUCACUCUGAAACGUAGAUUUUUACUUCUUUGUUAGAACUUAGUUUAGAAUAUAAGCAAAUUAUUGCAACUAAAACUAGUUGAAAUUAAAAGACUUGGAAAAUACAGUGUUUGUGUCUUGACUGGUCAUUUGCAUACUGACAUACUUAAG